GCUUUAAUGGUGAUUUUCAACAACUACGUUCAAACAGCAGAAAUCAAACGAAUUAGCGAAAUGCUCGUGAGGUUUCGUGAAGAGUGCAAUGAUACACUAGCUGAAAUGGCCGAGAUAGGCAUUGCUCCGAUAGAUCGUUCAAUUUAUGAAUUAGUCGACCGACAUAAUUACUUCGAACUAUGCUUACGGAAUAUUACCGAAUUGGAUGCUGGCCGUAUAUUUCUAUGGCGAUGUCUGUGCGAAUUCAUCCACAAGUCUUGUUUAGAAGCCGAAGAUUUUUCCGAUUCGCUUCAUUUUUUGCUUCCUGAUUUCUGUGAUUUUGCCGACUUCAUUCACAACGCUCUGAUAGAUUGGAAAGCACCGGAAUAUACAAACGCAGGUGUUAUUGAAGCAUUUUCGGUUUAUCAGCUCUGCCUAAUUACGCGAGCGUACAAAGAGAAAGGACCAUCUGAAAUGUAA